AUGGAAACGAUGGAAAGGAGUUUCGGGAUAACAUGGUGUGUCUGCCCGCAGACAGGCACGGCUCUGAGUCACAGGUCGGCCGAGGGCUUGCAGGGGCCAUUUCGGAUAGCCCGACCGGCCACAGAGAGACCAGGACGGCUCUCCACCUUCCUCUUUGCCAAUCUGCAAAGGCACCUGACUCUUUGCAAGCGUCCAGUGACGGAUUGCUGUGGAGAAACAUCUGCCAAGCAUCACAAAACUGUUCUCUUCCCCCUCCCCCCCCCCCCCCAUGGGGCGUGUCUUGCUCACCAAGGGGUCAGGCCUUGUGACAUCUCCAGGCAGCUGCGGGUCAGCCAUGGCUGUGUCAGCAAAAUACUUGGCAGGUACUAUGAAACUGGGAGUAUUAAGCCUGGAGUGAUUGGAGGAUCAAAACCAAAGGUCGCCACACCCGAAGUCGUUGAAAAAAUUGCAGAGUAUAAACGCCAAAACCCUACCAUGUUUGCAUGGGAAAUCAGGGAUAGACUUCUAGCUGAGGGGGUGUGUGACAAUGACACCGUGCCCAGCGUCAGUUCAAUUAACAGGAUCAUACGGACCAAGGUACAGCAACCACCCAACCAGCAAGUCCCAGCCUCUAGUCACAGCAUAGCCUCCACAGGGUCUGUGACCCAGGUGUCCUCAGUGAGCAUCGACUCUGCAGGCUCCUCCUACUCCAUCAGUGGAAUUCUGGGAAUUACACCCCCUGGCACUGAGAGCAACAAACGCAAGCGAGAUGAAGUAUUGCCUGGCCUAUGA